AUGGAUAUGAGUGGUAUGGACAUGGGGACGUCGUCUUCGUCCUCGAUGUCUAUGGUGAUGACAUCCGCCAAGUCUUCAGUUAAGUCCAUGGCCACCGCUAUGGCCAGCUCGUCUACCAUGGAUAUGAGCUCAACAGCUACCUCGAGCAUGGAUAUGUCGUCUUCUACAGGAACUUCUUCGAGCAUGGAUAUGAGUUCCUCCAUGAAUAUGUACUUUUCCUCGACCUACAAGGGAACGCCUGUUCUUUUCAAGACCCUGCACGCGGCCACUGGUGGAUCUGCCUUUGGAAUUUUUGUGUUCCUAUUUUUCAGUGCCUUUUUGCUGAGAGGCCUUUUCUUCCUGAGCGCGUACAUCGAGCAGAAAGUGUUUCACAAUUUGAACAACUCGGUGGUGAUUACCAAGAUUGACGAGUGCGCCUGUGACCCAGGCGAUGAAGAGAAGGGAAGCUCGAGCGCUUCUUCUGGGAAGCCCAAGACGUUCUUGCAGCAAUUACUGUUCCCCGGAAUGGCUGAGGCUGGUAAGGAUCUCGUGAGAUUGCUUCUCGCAUUUUUGAUCUCGAUGGUCGGUUAUGCUGUGAUGUUGGCUGCGAUGUCGUACGUGGUGCUCUACUUUUUCGCUAUCUGUUUGGGAUUUGCCUUUGGCGAUGUUUUCUUCAACAGAAUUUCGAUAAUCUUGGACGUGAACAAGAACAGUGCACUUUGUGGGGCGUUCCAUUAA